AUGGCCCAAAUCAUUGUGAGCUCUAUUGCGGGAACGCUGCUUUCCGUGCUGCAGGAUAAGCUCUUUGACGAGGUUGCCGCUAUUCCCCGACUUGAGCUCCGGCAACUCCAGGACACCGUCUCUACCAUCGAGGCAGUCCUCCUCGACGCCGAACAGAGGCAGGUCCACGACAACAGUGUCAAACAGUGGCUGGAGAGGCUGUCGUUGGUGCUGUACGAUGCCGAUGAUGUGUUCGACGAUUACUCCACCGAGGCUGCUCGCCGCCGGACAGCAACCGCGAAGGAGGGUCCCAGACAGGAGGUGAAUUGUGUGAGCUGGGUAACCUCCAUUCUCCCUCCCCUUUUAGGACAAUUUCUUUAUGCCCGUAAGGUGAAUCGUGAUAUCAAGGCUAUUAGGGAGAAGCUGGAUGACAUAUCCAAAGACAGGGAGGAGUUAGAACUGGAAGCUCGUACCCCAGCUGAUGAGUAUGCUCUUCUUCCUUCAUUGAGGGAGACGGACUCCGGGUCAACCGCGGUUGUUGGCAGAGGAGACGAUAUAGCAAAACUGACGGGAGUUUUGUUGAAUUACGAGUCGGGAAAGAGCAUAUCCGUUAUCUCCGUAGUUGGCAUGCCAGGGAUAGGGAAGACCGCGCUAGCUCAACUCCUAUUCAACGACGAAAUCAUCAAACAGCACUUUGAAUUGAGAGUGUGGGUGAGUCUCUCGGAUAAUUUUCAUGUUGGAUGGAUAGUCAGAAGGAUAGUGGAAUCCACAACUGACCAGAGGAUAGAAAUGUUGGAGAUGAACGAGCUGGUUCAUAUGCUGCAGCGAAGCAUUGGGGCGAGGAGGUAUUUGCUUGUUCUUGACGAUGUUCAUAACCAGGAUUCUGGCCUAUGGGGUUCUCUUUUAGAUCUGUUGAAGCUUGGUGGAGCUGGAAGCAAGGUCCUAGUAACCGCUCGUUCUGAGCAGGUAGCAACUGCUGCUAGGUCUAAGAUGCAUAAACUCCUAGGCUUAUCUCCCGAGGCAAGCUGGAAUUUGUUCAGUCAAGUAGUGUUUGAUGGAGAAGAACAAAGAGAUGCUAGAGUUAGAGAACUUGGUUGGGGGAUUGUAGAGAAAUGCCAUGGCAAUCCUCUUUUGAUAAAAACAUUAGGUGGGUCAUUGGCUGGUAAGGAUCCGAAAACUGAAUGGCCGUCUACUGCGGAUGACAAGAUCUUGGGAGAAGGUCAUCAGACUGAUGAUGACAUGUAUUCAGCACUCAGGUUGAUCUAUCAACAACUUCCCUCAUAUUUGAAGUUAUGUUUUGAGUACUGCAGUUUGUUUCCCAAAGAUUCUGAGAUUGAGGUGCAGACCUUGAUUCAUCUCUGGAUUGCUCACGGAUUAAUUAAGUGUCCUCAAGUGCAGCAAGACAACAUUGAAGAUGUUGCCUACGGUCACUUCCUUGAGCUUCUACGGAGGUUUUUUGUUGAAGAAGGGGAAAAAGAUGACUUUGGCAAAGUCAGAACUUUCCAGAUCAACAAUUUGAUGCACAGUCUUGCCAAAACGGUAGCUGGGACAAAAAACAGCACGGUGAGAAGAAAUGAAGACCAAAAUGAACAAAUCAGCAAGGAAGUUCGCCAUCUGACCUUUUCCUGUCACUUGGAUGCUUCGAUUGAACUCCCAGCCGGUGUCAUCCGUGCUAAAUCAUUGCGGACGGUCUUUCUAGCCAACCAGGAGUUGCGGUCAAGCAACAGAAUCAGACGGGGGAGAUCCAUACUAAAGGAUUUCUGCUCUAGCUUGGAGCGCUUACGAGCACUUGAUGUUCACAACUCGGGAAUUGAGCAAGUGCCAGCAUCCAUUAGAAAUAUGAAAAGUCUAAGAUAUCUUGAUCUUUCUGAAAAUGAUGACAUAAAGCUACUCCCAGAUUCAAUCACCGACCUGUGGAAUUUGCAAGUCUUGAAGAUCUCUGGAUGUGAACGGCUGAAGCAGUUACCAAUCAGUAUUGGGAGGCUGGUUAAUCUUAGACAUCUCUAUUGUGAAGGGUGUUGGAAUAUGACCCAUAUGCCUCGUAGCAUCGGGGAACUAACUUCCCUUAUAACCUUGACCUGGUUUGUCCUCCCCAAAGACCUCUCUGCCUCUCAUUUCCUAACAGUUGGGUUGACUAAGCUGGGUCGUGUUGAUCCUAGAGCAGCUGAGUUGAGUAAGCUGGUCAUGAAUCACACGGCAGCUGGGUUAAAUGAGCUGGGACGCUUGAAUCAAUUGAAGGGACGACUCGAGAUUAGAAAUCUGGGAGCAUAUAUGAAAAAUGCUAAUCGGUCGGAGUUGGAAUCAACCAGUUUUUUCAGAGCAAAGAAGGGUCUCCAAUCAUUGAGCUUAUGCUGGGAUCCAAAUUUGGAUGAGAAAGCAAGUAUAUUCGAUGUGGAUGACCAACAUCACUGGUCUCUAAAAUGUCUGGAGCCGCCCCCACAACUAACAGAGUUGCAGUUGUGUGAGUAUGGAGGCCAUGAAUUUCCUGCUUGGAUUUCUUCUCUCAAGAAUCUCAUCAGCCUCCAGGUGCAAGAUUGCCAAAAUUUUCGAUCUCUGCCAGCGUUGGAGGAUUUCCCACUUCUCAAAUUCUGCCGGCUUGAGAGUCUACCUCAGUUGGAGUUCAUGGACAACAACUGCUCGAGGGUUGAGGGACAUAGUAGUUCCUUGUUUCAAUCCCUGAAGAAACUAUAUAUCUUCAAGUGUCCUAAACUGAGGGGAUGGUGGAAGGAAGGUAUUGAAGAUGGUGCAAUCAUAUCAUCUCAGUUCCAUGGUCUAUCUACCUUGGAAAUUCGCGAUUGUCCUAAACUGGAUCAGAUGCCCCUGUUUCCCAGUUUGGAUGAGAAGCUUCUUUUGGAGAAUGCUAGCUUAGUUCCACUGCGUCAGACUAUGCAGAUUCAGGAGGCUGCCAUAGCUAGGCCUUCUUCAUCUUCAACUCCAUUGCCUCACCCGCUCUCCAAACUAAAAAGUAUCUGGAUUUCAUCAAUUGAGGAGCAGCAAGUCCUCCCAGAAGAUUGGCUGCAGGAAUUGAUUUCUCUCCAAGAAUUACGAAUCGACUGCUGGACGAGUCUAGCAUUUCUGCCUCCAGGGAUGAGUCGCCUGACCAAUCUGAGAGAGUUGGAUAUUCGCAGAUGUCCGCAACUGAAGCAGAGAUGUGCUGGAAACAAGGCUGCAGACUGGUCCAACGUAUCUCACAUCUCGAAUAUCAAAAUUGACAAGAAAACUAUUCAGUUGGGUGGAAUUUAUCAGCUGUGUGAUGAAGAAUCUGCUGCACUUAUAGCAAACUUCUCUUUGGUCCAUCCUCUCUCCAGGAUAAGCAGUGUGACGAUUGAGGAUCUUGAAUACCUACCCUCAGAAUGGCUGCAGACACUCGCAACUCUGAAAAAGCUCAAAAUUGUUAACUGUCCGAGUUUGGAGUGUCGUCCUCAGGAGCUGCAUUACCUUACUUCACUGCAGAGGCUGCAGAUUAAACAACGCAACUAGCUGGCUUGAUGCAUGUACACUGAUGCAUUCCAACUGCUUGAUGAAGUGAUUCGUCUAAAUCCUUGCCCGUGUGUUAGACUGUGCCGCUGUUGUAGGAGAAGAAGAUGGAUUGCUUUGAUGUGUCACUGAGACCAUUGGAGAGAAGGGACAGAAUCGCUUCUUCAAGCAAACAAUUGUAGGAACAAUCUCCACUGGAAAUAACAGUGAGAAUUACCUAGGUCCAUGUUCCUCGUCAAACAUCGGAAAGAGCACCAUUUUGUGUUUGGUUUUUGUCUCUGUCUUUCAAUUUUCCAUUUCAAUUUUUUACUCCAAGAUAUUUUCAAUAUGAAAUUUAUUUAAACGUUUCAUCUUGUGUUUUAUUCAAGGAUUGUCAAACCGUAUUGGAUGUUGCACCGGAAGUGGCAGGGCAUUUUUGUGCUUAAAUCAUGGUUUUGCCGGGGUUUAACAAUUUUAUACCGCUAAAACUGCCUUCGGUUUGAGCUCUGGUUUUCGAUAAUUCUUGUCCCUCGGGCUGAUCUGGUACUCUUUCUAAAACAUUGGUUUUAAAUUCUUUAUUAAGCAAAUUGUGCCUUGAUUGCUGAUGCUGCAGUCUAGAGAAGCCAAAGACAGAGUACUAGUCGGAACAAAACCCAUGUUGACUUGCCAAAUGUUAAACAAAGUGACUGCAGAUAUCUCAGAGAACAAAUGGCAUGAAAGAGCACCAGACGGAGAAGUUGCUGAACAGUGUUCACAUAAUAGAAUUACUUGGUUCGCAUCUUCUGCAAAUGUCAACACCAGCCUUGGAAGGAGAAAAUAUAAAGAAAGACUCGAUUCAGCAGUUGACUUGACAAACUGCUGCCAAAACACAAAGCCCUUGUGCAACAACAGAGUUGAUUAAAGUGGACUAAUCCAGUUCUUCGCUUGAGGAAGGAAACUCUACAAUUGAGAGGGCCAAAGAAGAGAUGUUGGGUUCCAUCAAGACAAUUUGGACAGAAUGGAACAUCAGGGGAGCUGUUCUCCUCAGCCUCUUACUGCAGGUCACCCUCAUUGUUCUCUCUCCUUUCAGGAGACGUACAUCAACCAAGUGGCUAGUCUCGCCGAUUUGGUUAGCUUACUUGGUGGCUGAUAUGGUCGCAACAUUCGCCAUUGGGCUCAUCUCCAAGACCCACAUCACCAAUCAGGAGGAUCCUUCUUCUGCUGAGAGCCCCGACACUGAUUUCCUCUCAUUCUGGACACCUUUCCUUCUGGUGCACCUUGGCGGCCCCGACACAAUCACGGCAUUUGCUCUCGAGGACAACCAGCUAUGGGUCAGACACUUGCUCAGUUUCUCCCUUCAGAUUUUUUCCACUGUCUACUUUUUCUAUCUCUCCUUUUCCAACAACAAGCUAAAGAUCCCCACGUUGCUCAUGUUUAUUGCUGGGGUCAUCAAAUACUUGGAGAGGACUUGUUCUUUGUAUCUCGCCAGCAAGAGUAAGUUCAGAAAUGAUAUGAUCAGAGAGCCAGACCCAGGGUUGGACUAUGAUAAGGCUGCCAAAUAUGCACAGUGGCGAUCAGAGUCGUCACAGUUGCCAGAUCAGCAGCAAACGUUGCUUGAUCAGCCGGGGACAAGGGAAGGGGAGACACUGGGAGACUUGGAGUUGGUAAAAAAAGGUUAUGGCAACUUCAAAACCCUCAAGGGACUUCUUGCUGAUUUGAUUCUGGGAUUUGAAAUCCGGGAGUUCAGCCGUGGGUUCUUCUUCCACAAGGCAUCUGCAGAAAAUGCACUGCGAGUGUUGGAGGUCGAGCUCAAUUUCGCAUACGAAGUUCUCUACACUAAGGUUUCGGUUGUGCAUUCGAGUUUGGGCAGAAACGCCCGCCUCGUCGCCAUCUCGGCAGUCCUGCUGGCACUCUCGGUCUUUCAUUUCCGGGGAAGAAAGUUCAAGAGCAGCGACAUUGACGUUGACGUCACGUACGCAUUGUUGUUCGGGGCAAUAGCGCUGGACUUGUUGGCAUUCAUCAUGUCGAGUCUCUCAGACUGGACCGUGGUAGCUUCGAUGCAGCAGCAAAAGUCCGAGUCAUGGUGGAAACAUCAUAUCCUGAAUCAGUUUUACGAUUGGGUAUUGGCUGCUCAUGUGAAGCUUCUUCAUAAGUCUGACAUUCUGUACAAAAAGCAGAAGAAGCAGGAGACCGGCGAGCAAACAGAUCUAGCAAGGCCUAUUCUUUACAGGAGGUGGUGUCGUUCUGUACUGGGAUUUAACCUGUUGAGAUAUUGCAUUAGCAAGCCAUGUAAAAUUGGUUUCGGCCUCCAAAGCUUCUUAGAUGAGUGGAGGUUCAAGUCCACCAAGCCGCUCACCUUGGAGCUCUGGGAGUUUAUUUUCCUCGAGCUGAAAUCAAAAUCAGAGUUCAUCGACGAUGCAGAGAGUGUGAGGAAGAGAUGUUUGGCAAGAGGCGAAGUCGUUCUGGAGAGGAAUGGAUUGAACAAGGGCCGCGUGGAUCUGAUGCCUUACAUUGUGGAUGUUACUUACGACGAGAGCCUGUUGCUGUGGCAUAUUGCUACCGAGCUCUUGCACAACACAAAGAAAUUGCCCGAGGAAUGUGGCGGAAGGAGAAAUGAAGAGUUAAGCAAAUUCCUCUCAGAUUACAUGAUGUACCUCCUCAUAAUGCAGCCUACGAUGAUGGCAACUGUUUCAGGUAUAGGCAAGAUAAGGUUCGAGGAUACUUGUGCAGAGGCCAGAAGAUUCUUCGAGAGGCGGGGCAUCGGGAGAAACGAGGUGAGGAACGGCUGUAAGAGGAUCAUGGACGUGAAGACAGAGGUCCAGCCCACUACGGUGAAGGGGCGAAGCAGUAUGACCGUGCUGUUCUCGGCAAGCAUGCUUGCUAAGGAGCUGGAGAAGCUGGAGGGGGAGAGGAAGUGGAAGGUAAUAGCUGAAGUGUGGGUGGAGUUGCUGUGUUAUGCUGCCAUCAACUGCGAGAAGACGGCACACGCCCAACAAGUGAGCAAAGGAGGGGAGCUCAUCACUUAUGUGUGGCUCAUGAUGGCUCACUUUGGCUUGUCGAUGCAGUUCCAAGAGAACGCCAGCUCCUUGCUACGGGUCUAAUAUGAUGUGGUUUAGCAUACGAUUCUGGGAACCUGUUUGGCUCGAAUCAUCUCAAGUUGCAGUACGGUAAUUUAUGUGUUGGGUCAUGUCGAGAUGUGGGUCGAAACUGGUGCUGAAUUAUUACUAGCUAGUUGUGGGUCACAUUACGGCUGCUGAUCAUAAGCAUGUUCAGUAGAAAUAGCAUCAAGCAGAUCACAUGUUCAGUAGGAAUUUGGUCUAUGAUCCUGUGUAAUGCUUUAACAUUGGAAGUUGUUUCUUCUAGGAG